UCACAUCUACCACGACCUACGUCUACCAGAAAGGAAGUGCUGCUCACUUUGCUGCAGAUAGAUGUACGUGUGACCUGUCUGUGAUAAUCUGUCACAUUAGAGAAGCAGGGCAGCUUCAAGUUGCUAUUACAAGAUAUCGUGAGUUGAGAAGAAGCACAAUGGAGGAACAGUCUGAUGUUCUGCAGCUCUCAGACUACAAUGAGGCCCUCCAGCAUAAGACAAUUUUGGUAGGUGAUAGCUCUGUGGGAAAGACCUCGUUGCUUGUGCAGUAUGACCAGGGCAAAUUUAUACCAGGAUCUUUUACAUCAACAGUGGGCAUAGGAUUCACGGUUAUGCUGCUAGGAGAUUCUGGUGUUGGAAAGACGUGUUUUCUCAUCCAGUUUAAAGAUGGGGCAUUUCUCGCAGGCACCUUCCUGGCAACUGUUGGCAUUGAUUUUCGGAAUAAAGUGGUUACUGUGGAUGGAGUAAAGGUGAAGUUACAGAUCUGGGACACUGCUGGUCAGGAACGCUUUCGAAGUGUCACACAUGCUUAUUACAGGGAUGCACAGGCUCUGCUCCUGUUGUAUGACAUCACAAGCAAGACGUCAUUUGACAACAUCCGUGCCUGGCUUACAGAGGUUCAUGAAUUUGCUCACAAGGAUGUGGUCAUCAUGCUGCUUGGUAACAAGUGUGACAUAACAAAUGGAAGAGUUGUUCGAACAGAAGAUGGGGAGUCCUUGGCAAAGGAGUAUGGCAUUCCAUUCAUGGAAACUAGCGCAAAGACAGGUAUAAAUGUCGAACUGGCAUUUACGGCUAUAGCUAAGGAAUUGAAGCAGAGAUCCAGUAGUUCAGAUGAACGUAAAUUUCAGAUCCACCAGUACAUUAAAUCACAGAAGAAGAAAAGCAGCUGCUGUGGCUUCAUUUGAUUGUGUUCCUUUGAUUCAGAAUUUACUGUACUGUACAGUUCUGGAUAUAAUCCGAUCCAGUGAAAUUCCCAAACUCAGGAUUUUUCGGAUACCCUGAUGCCUGGAGAGAAAACAUCUCAAAAAUUGUUUACUUAAAUCUCAAGAGCAUUGUUGCCUUUAUGAGUCUUCAAGAAACAUAAGGAAUCUGUUGUAUUUCCUCUUUUUCCAGUGACAGAGAACCUUAAUAUAAAUAAUUAUCCUUUGCUGCAAGAAUACUGUGCCAAAAUGGUUUACACAAGCAAAGGCUGUCCAAAGUCUUUUGUAUAACAAAUAACAAAUGGUAUGUCAUGAUGCUAUCUGUCAGUAGCUUCCUUGCUUUUAUAGUAACUGUCAUAUGUUGCACAACUUAGAUUUGUUUACAAGAUAUAAAUAAUUCCUGUGCUUUAUACUGUUUAUGAAAGGUAUUUAUUACUAUAGGGUUCCUAAGAACUUCAUGAAGAUAGACAGUGUAUGUGCUUGUUAAAUUUACUGCAAUAUUUUCAAAUGACCUGCUCACAUUCUUACCUGUUGGCUGUUUACACAUUGAGCACUAGUAAUGGAUAUUCUGUUAUGAAGUACCAACUGUAGAAUUUUUAAUGUCUUUAAAAUAAAAUAUUCCAUUGU